AUGGAGCUCCCUCAGGGAAGGGCGACCUACAAGAAAAAAGAUGGCGUCCUCACCUUGACAGAAGACAAGAAAUUCCUGAUCUGGUCGCCGUUGCCUGCGAAUGGCCCGCCUACGGUAUCUCUGGCUUUGGAAAGGAUCUUGAACUUGCAGCAGACGCCAGACACGGCGCCCAAGGUUAUUCUCAAGGUGAUUGAGAAGCCCAAGAGCACAGAGGAAGGACAAGCAGGAGCGGCCUUUCUCUUCCAGUUUACAUCGCCGACAGAUGCCCGCGCAGAAGCCAAUGCCAUCAAAGCUCUGUUAUCACAAAUUCUAUCUGAACUGCGCGGCAAUGAUCCCAGUGUUCCCAAGCCUAUCGGCACCCCCCAGGCCGAUGCCAACGGGGCUGGUGCCUCGGCGGCCAUGUCGUUCGCCAGCACUGUCAACUCCAAGGGCCCAACUGUUCGCUGGUUUGACGACAAUGCGUUAAAGGCAGAUCUCGAGCUUCAGCGUUCUCUGUUAAACAAGGACGACGAUCUGGCCCAGACGUAUGCACAGGCGCUCUCAUUGAAACCGCCAUCAAUAUCAGAUGCUGCUUUUGAUGCUCAAUUUUGGUCCACCCGUAUUGGUCUGCUUAGGGCUCAUGCUAUCGAAGUCAACCAGAAGAAGGGCGCCUACAAUGUGCUGUCUACGAUAAAACCACGAACCGAAGACGGCGAGGUCAAGCUCAGUCUGAAUCCAGAACAAAUUCAAACCAUCCUCCACCAACAUCCUCUAGUGAGGAGGAUAUACAACGAAAAUGUCCCAAAGGUCUCGGUGGCCACCUUCUGGUCCAAAUUCUUCCUGAGCAAGCUCUGCAAGAAACUCCGCGGCGAGCGUGUGACCGACAUCGACAACACCGAGCCUCUCUUCGACAAGUAUCUGAACGCUCCCAACGACAUGGGCUUCACCAGCAAAAUCAACGCUGCCCAGCAACUCCCACACAUAAUCGACAUCAACGCCAACGAAGAAAACCAAGGCGGUUUCAAAUCCGGCAACAGAAAAGAUGUCGAGAUGCGUCCCAGAGCCAACGUCCCCAUCAUCCGAACUCUCAACUCCAUAUCUGAGAAAAUCAUGGCCGACGUUGCCCCCUCAGACUUGGAUCCCUCGGCCGGUCCCAAUGGCAUCCCAGAUGACACCCGCACCAUAGAGGAACUCACUCUCCGCGAUCUCAGGGGCGAAACCCCUUCUUCUCGCAUCAUUCUCAACCUCAAGGAGCAGUCUGCCUUAUUUCCCACCAACACCCAAACUGCCCAACCCAACUCCACCAACGCUACCGACCAGGCCUUGUUUGCUCAACAAGACCCCACGGGUGUGUUAUUCGAAGUCCAAGCAGACCUCGACAUGGUAGACGAGGACCCCUCAGGAGGUCUCGAUCUACGAAAAGGCAUAGGUGUCAACGACGACUCCGACGACGAGGCCAACGCUGACCCUACCACUCCCCACGUCACAGCCACACCUCACAUCGGCUCCCACAACGCCCGGUUAGCAGCCAAAAACCAAAUCUUGUCUUCACUGAAGAAACGCCAAGCAGAAAACACCUCCCUGUCCUCCUCUGGCAUAACCACCUCAUCAGGAACUACCCUCCCCGCCGAACCACUGACAAUCCCAGCCUCGAUAUCCCACCAAUGCUACCUCACCAACGCCUCCACUGUUGAAUUCCUCCGCCAAUUCUACAACACCUUCUCAGACAAAAACGCCAACCAGCAAGAACUGAGGUAUUACGUCGACGCCCUGGGGAAAUCACGCGAAAGAAUCGAGGCUCUGGCGGAAGAGGCCGAGAAGCUAAGAAGGGAGAGGGAACAGCAGGUGAUAGACGAGGCGUUCGCCCGGUUCAAAAAGACGGGCGUCAAGGGGAAGAGGCCCAAGAUUAGAGGGGGGAGGGAGGAUGUGCUUGGCUUGUUUGAGCAGACGUUAGCUGGGUUGAAGAUUGCGGAGCGGGUUUGGGAACAGAGUGGGAGAGGGAGAUAG